AAUUUAUGUUCUAUCAUAGAUAUCUAGGGUUUUGUAGGAAUGCUUUCAAGGAACACAAAAUCAUUCAUUGCAAAAUGUAAAAUGGGAGUUUGGCAGUUACACAACAUACAGAAUUCGCAAAAUUUUUGUAUGGCCGUACUUUGCUGGUCAUUUACGUGCCGCAAAUGAGUUUUCACACCUCAAGACCAACCGGAAGUUUGAUGUUUUUCUCAUAAAUUUAGAUGUGAAUCGAAACAAGCCACUCCAAAUACAGUUUCACAACUAGAGCGUCUGUACAUAUGUUGAGCGAAAACCCCCCACCGCGCCAAAAGAGUUGGGUGGGACCCACGUACAGAGUAACCAUAAUUAUGCUCGUCAUCGGACAGAUUCAGGUCUCGGUGGCCAUGGAGAUAACGCCCCUGAAGGAAUUUCUCGCGGAUCGCUACUACCUCAGUCUCGUGCAAUUUGUCGUCAGCUUCCUUUCCAUCCAGCUCUACGGAUUUUUCUACCACAUCAUCGUUAAAAAGCCGAUGUGGGUGCGGCUAUUGGCGGGCCUCUGGACGUACGAGGUUAACACCAUGUCGAUCAUGAAGCCCGCCAAACGUGCCCCUUAUAUAAGCCUCAUCCUGUCCCUCUUCCUAACAUUCCUCAUGAUGAUCAUCAGUGUAAUAUACGGAAAUAGUGCCAUCAAACACAAGAAAGGCCUUUUCACUACCCGGCACAAGGUUAUCCUGUGGAGCGAGCGGAUAUUUGUGCUCACCUGCUUUGGCAUCAUCGUGUGUGCCGAGAUGAAGCGUGUUAUCAUAGAGUUUCCUACCCUGCUAGUAUACACCAUUCUCUCGAGCGUGGUAAGCCUCAGGGAAACGAAUCGAUACACCUACUUUCCCAGGGAGCAUAUUUUCAAUCAGGUUUGUCAUGGUCUUUGCCGCUUCCAUGCGAAAGCCGAACUUCUACCGUCAGGAGUCGACCGGGGACUACAUACUGAUCGGCCAGCUGUACUACCUCAACUUCUUUGCCCUGUACAUGGGCUAUGUGUGGACGACAGCCUCGUUUAUAGAAUUGAUGGGAUGGCGCGCGGACAUUCAUGAUAUAUUCGUGUACCUGUUUUAUCGGAAGAACAUCGAAUGAG